AUGCGAACCUCGCAAGCCCAUCACAUGGAUCAAGGCAGUGCCCUCGACAAACCUCAUCACAAGGUGUCUUCUCGUCUUGAAGCUGGUCUGGCGGCACCAACCUCAGAGGCAAUAACCCCUGUUGGAAGAAACGGACAGUUAACCAAUUCGCAAAACGGAUGUCACAGCAGCAUCCACAUAAGCAUUCCACCUAGUUUGAAGGAUCCCGCCUUUGACAGCCUGGAUGAUGCUUCCAUGUAUUACUUGAAUUACUAUAGCAGAUGUGUGUGCAAGUUGUUUGUCAUGUUCGACAGUCAGCGAAACCCUUUGAGGCAACUCAUUCCGGCUGCGUUGGCUAAUCGAAUCUUGACUGCUUCGGUCAUGGCUAUAUCAGCGCGCCACAUGGCAAACAGUCAGCAACUAUUUUGUAAAAGGCAAGACCACUCGACGCGCUUUCAGGCGCAUCCUGAUGGUUUGAUGUACAAACAAAAGGCCAUACGCGGGUUAAUCCAGGCGCUCAACGAUCCAGUACCGAAGUCGCGAGACGUUCUGGUUCUGAGUGCGUUCAUAUUGAUCUUCCUCGAUCUCUUGGAAUCGGGGCGCGACCAGUGGAAAUCCCAUCUUGGUGGCAUUAAGCAACUUGUUCAUGACAUGCAUACUGCGGGAGCUUCGCAGAAUCUAGAAGCAACCAUUGAAGGCAUGCGUGAAUUUAUUCUGGGGCAAAUCUACCUUAUUGAAACGCUUGGCGCUACAUUUUCCGGUCGCAAAGUAUUGUCCGGGGCGGAUAUGUCCCUCGCUGCACCGCUACAAAUGAGUAUCGACAGGGCCUAUAUCGGUUGCCCUGAGUACCUGUUAUCUGCUGUUCGAUUCUUCUCAGCAGCUAGGGACCGCUUAGCUGACCCAAGACACCUUGAUACGCCUGAGACAUACUCUUUGCUACAGUCAGUCACAAGUGUGCUUAACUCUACCAACCUAUUCGAUUGCUACGUCGCUGGAACAUUUAGCCCUGGCUUAUAA